AGUGCUGGGCUGGUGGGGAGAGGUGAAGGCGGGCGCAUCCGGUCCGUCGCGGAUACCGGAGGAUCGGACGAGAUUGCGGUCCACUGUGGAAUGGACCAAGAUGACACAGAAGGGGAAGCUGUCCUGAAGAACCAGUCAGUUGGUGGCUGGGGUUUAUUGCAGAUUGCUGGAUGUACAGGCUUAACUGCCUAUGUAGUAUGGGCAGGCAUACUGAUGCCUGGUUUCAGGAGGGUGCCUCUGAGGUUACAGGUGCCAUACAUACCUGCAAGCCGCAAACAAGUGCAGAAUGUGAUGAUGUUACUUGAAGGCCGGUCUGGCAAGAUGGUGGACUUAGGAUCAGGUGAUGGCAGAAUUGUUUUGGAAGCUAGCAAGCGUGGCUUCCACCCAGCUGUUGGCUAUGAAUUGAACCCGUGGCUCAUCAGGUUGUCACAGUUCCACGCUUGGAGAGCAGGCUACCUCAACAAGGUUUCUUACGUGAAGCAAGAUCUGUGGCAGGUUGAUCUGUCACACUGUUCCAAUGUAACAGUUUUCCUAGCUCCCAGUGUGCUUUCUUUACUAGAGGCCAAGCUGUUAUCUGAACUUCCAGAAGAUGCCUGGAUUGUCGCUGGUCGUUUUCCUUUCCCAAGCUGGAAAUCAUGCUGCACGGUUGGUGAAGGAGUGGACCGAGCCUGGCUUUACAGUGCCAAAAGACUACGUCAAGAAAAUAAAUCCCAAAUUGCACAGGAAGGAACAGCAGUGUAAAAGCAGCUGUCAAACCUUUACUGCAGAUGCAUGAAUUAAAGAAGGGACAGUUAAAUUAUUUUACAUUUUUAGCUGCAGGUCGCAUGAAAAAUAUCUUUCAUAACCACGGCAUUGUUUUUUUUCAGAAAUACAUAUUUAUUAGACAGUACUGUAUUCCAGGUUUAAUUGUAUCAUUCUUCUGUAACUUUAUCAAAUGGAACAUUGGUUUCUCCAGGGAAAAUGGCAUGAAUAAUUAGGAACUGUAGGAAUUGCAUUUCUGCAAGAUAUCCACCAAUCUUUCCACACAGCUACAGCAGACAUUUAGAAGAACAGCCCCUGUGGAGCCAAAUUGGAAUCUAUUCCAUCAGUUGAGAGUGUGAAGUUUUGCAGUGUGGGCAAGAAAGUAGGGUUUGGCGUUGUGUGUUUAGAACUUACUCAUUUUAAAAAUGAACUGUUGAUGCUCUGCCACCAUUCUGUCAUUGAUAAUUCUUCUGAACUAAAGAAAUCAGGAGAACCUCUCCCUUUAUUAUUCAAAAAAUAUAACUAACCUUUUUUGAUUUUAGGGAUAAUAGUUGUAAAAGUGGUUAAUUGGAUAUGCAAGAAUGACUGAAGCAUGAUGUAUUGUAGUUAAGUAUUAUAGAUAUGUGACUUAAAUCUUUAAGAGUAAACAGUUUACUGACGAGUGGUUUAUGCAAAGGUUAUCCUUCAGACAGUAAAUUCUUAGAGUAAUAUAAACUCUGAAUAUGAAUCAUAGAGUAAUACAGCAUUGAUACAGACUCUUCAGCCCAACUCAACAGUGCUAACCAAAUACCCCAACAAAGCUGUCCGCACUUACCCGUGCAUAGUCCAUUUCCUUUUAACCCAAGGGUUCCCAACUUUUUUUAUGCCAUGGACCUCUACCAUUAAUUGAGUGGUCCGCGGACCCCGGAUUGGGUAUCCCUGCUCUAAACCUUUCCACUUCAUGUACCUAUCCAGCUUUCUUUUAAAUGUUGUUAUUGUAUCUCCUGCAAUCAUUUCCUCUGGCAAUACACACAAAAUGCUGGAGGAACUCAGCAGAUCUGGCAGUAUCUAUGAAAAGAAUAAAGAGGCAAUGUUUUGAGCCAACACUUUUCAUCAGGAUUCAAAAGGAAGGUGGAAGAAGACCCCUCCACUUCUCUCUUUUUUCAUUUGUCAUUUUGGUUCCCCUCUUACUCCUUCACUUUUUCACCUCUGCCCAUCACCUCCACCUGGGACCCUCCUUCCCUUUCUCCCAUGGUCCACUUAGUUAGUUUCCUCCUUCUUCAGCCUUUUACCUUUUCCACCUCCCAGCUUCUCACUUCAGUCCCCUCCCCCAGAAACCAAUCUUCCCCCUCAUCUGGUUUCACCUAUCGUCUUUCAGCUUGCUCUCCUCCCCCUCCCCACACUUUGUUAUUCUGGCUUCUUCUCCCUUUUCCAGUCAUCAGGGUCAUGCUACAACCUUGGUCCAAGAUCAAAGAGCCUCAAAGAUUCCUGAGGUUUUAGAACUCACCAACUGAGUAAAAACAGUCAACGUUCAGGCCAAGACCCUUCACAUCAUGAGUGUAUGGUUUAGUUUACUUCUCUUCAUUGACUUCUCUUUCCCAUUAAAAAGCCAAAGAAUUUGUUAUUAAAUUCACUUGCUGCAUUUUUGUUUAUUGGUUGGAGACAGAUUUCUUUCCCCAAAAGGCAUCAGUAGACUACAUGGCUUUGUACAACAGCAGUCAGCAUUAAGAGAGUAGCACAUUAAUUCCAAAUUUUGUCUAAUUAUUUUAAUCAAAGUUUCCAAGUGCUACGGAGAGAUUCAAAUCUGUUUCUGGACCAACACAAUUAGGUCCUGAAUUUGUGUCAAAUCCAAGAUGGCGCUGGGCUGCAACUUCUGUUGAGCAUUGAAGUGGGGUUCAAGGAUUGUGUAUAUGCAUGGGUCUGAGGGAGGAAUUAGGCUUUUUUUUUGCUGUUCCACAAAAUGUUGGAGGAACUCAGCAGACCAAGCAGCAUCAACUAUACUAUGGAAAAGAGUAUAGUUGACGUUUGGGUUCAAAAUGUUGACUGUACUCGUUUCCAUAGAUACUGUCUGGCCUGCUGAGUUCCUCCAGCAUUCUGUAUGUGUUGCUUGAAUUUCUAGCAUCUGCAAAUUUUCUCUUGUCCUUUUUUGUUGUACUGCCGAGCAUUGUGGGUGUUCUUUGUUGGCACCAGAAUGUGUGGCAACACUGUCAUCUGCUCCCCAGCACACCCCCGGGUGUGUUGGUUAACACAAAUAGCAUAUUUCAUGUAACUAAACUUGAUUCCUGAAUCUUUAACUUAACCAUGCUCCAGAAUGAGUUGUCUCUGUUGCAGUCUCUUAUUCAUUUUUGAAGGGUAUAAUCAGAUUUCCACUGGUCACUCAAUAGUAUUCAAUUUUACAUACUUCAGUCUUUCUGACAUUUUAUUUACUUUGAUCUUCUGAACUUAGAGACAUGGAAUCAUUGAAGUAACCUAUGAAAAAUUGUUUGACCUAUUCAUUUCCAGGUAGUAGGGUAAAAUAUACUUAGUAAUAGUGAACACUAAGGGAAAAAGUGGUGCAACCUUGCGGGCUUUUUGUUCUAAAAGUAAUUUUCACAUCAGUAUUUCCACCCCUGUUCUUGGAUAUGUCAACGUACACAACUAAUUUGAGAGAAAUUGUUAUUCAGUCUGAUCGUGGCAGCCCAUUCAGUAUCUCUUUUUGGCCCACUGUGUUGGAAGACCUGCACUGGUAUCGUCAUCAUGGCUUCCUCCAUAAUGUUUUGGGCAUUGAUAUGUUUCCAUUACAUUCAAGUAUAGUUGUUGUGACUGUAGUUGAUGUCUGGUGCUGAAUAUAAUGGUUUCAUCAGAUCUUUAAUAUAUAAUGCACCACACAGCCUGUUGGCCUCCAGUUAGUAAUAUUUUAAGUACUUUUCUGCUUUAUGUUUUGACUUUAGAACAUGAGAUCUUGUUUAAAAUUUCUGGGGUUGUUAGGGUUUAAGUCAGAAGGAAAGGCGUUGAGAUAGAAUGCUGGAAUUGGUUCUCUCUAGUUCCAUUUUAUCUACAGUGGCUGCCUUGUCUGUAAAACCUGGUGUCUUGUCUUUCAUUUACAAUGUUGGUUUUACCUCUACUUUGGCUUUUAUUAUUUUAAUGUAUUUUCAAACUUUGGCUGUAAUUGUUAAGUAUUUGUCAGAUCAUUUUUAUUGUAGGUUUAUGUUGUUUGAUUAAGAGAAAUUCAUGCUGGUCUAUUUAUUGUUCGUCUUGCCAAUUUCUCUUUCAUUGAAGAAUAUUUGAGUUAUUGUCUGUUUAUUUCCCUAGUGUAACUUUUUAUUGGAAAGGUUAAAGAAUCAUAGUUUUUGCUCUUGUUGAAAUUAUUACACCAUAGGACAUAGGAGCUGAGUUAGACCAUUCAGCCAUCGAGUCUGUUCUGCGAUUCGAGUAUGGCUGAUUUAUUUUCCCUCUCAACCCCAUUCCUCUGCCUUCUCCCUGUAAAGUUUGAUGCCCUUACUACUCAAGAACCUAUUAACCAGCACUUUAAAUAAACAUACCUUAUGACUUGGUCUCCCCAACAGUCUGUCGACACAUUCAUCACCCUCUGGCUGAAGAAAUUCCUCCCCACAUCUAUUCUAAAGGAAUAUCCUUCUAUGCUGAGUCUGAACCCUCUGGUCCUAGACUCUCACAGUACUGAAAAUAUCCAUUCUGCCUAGGCCUGUUGAUAUUUGGUAGGUUUCAGUGAGAUUUCACACCCACUAUUAAAUGCACCCCUUAUGUUAAUAACUAUUGUAAUACUUCAAUCAAAUUAUUUCAGGUAUUGCCAUGUUGGUGUGUAAGUAUGUGGGUUAUAAAUUCAAUAAGACUGCUUACUGCCUUUUUAAACUUUUUUUGCUACUGUCAUAAUUUUCAGUAUAUCAGUUUCUCUGUCAUUCCUUUUGCUGACCUUUGGUAUUAUUAUUAAAAUCUGACCUGAGGUUUCAUAAUUCA